AUGCUAGUGGUGUCGCUCAUCCGUUUCUCCGAGCCCCUAGCCUUCACGUCGCUUUUCCCAUACCUUUACUUCAUGAUUCGAGAUUUCCAGAUAGCGCCUACAGAACAGGAGAUCUCCAAGUACCUGGGCUACUUGGCGCUGAGUUUUGCGUUUUGCCAGUUUCUCUGUGCCGUCCAGUGGGGCAAGAUGCUGAACAGGGUUGGCAGAAAACCCGUGUUGCUAUUUGGCCUUUUUGGCACGUCCUUAUCGCUUUUGCUUUUUGGCUUCAGCACAAACUACUACAUGGCAUUGGGCGCCCGAAGCCUCGCUGGGUGCUUGAACGGUAACAUUGCUGUUUUGAGAACGAUGAUUGGCGAGAUUUGUGUGGAAAGAAAGCACCAGGCCUUGGGGUUCAGUACUCUUCCGUUGCUUUUCAACUUUGGUUCAGUCAUUGGCCCUUUGGUCGGUGGAUCUUACCUUUUGACAAGGCCUAGUCCGCACUCGCCGUAUGAAAAAGCCGUGGACGACACGCCGUCUGCUUUGCUUUCCUCGUCGUUCGCUAAAGGAAUCGACAAAUUCCGCUCCAAGCACCCCUAUGCGCUUUCAAACAUCGUCGUCUGCGGCUUCCUCUGGUUCAGUUUCAUCGUGGGCUUUCUUUUCCUCGAGGAAACAAACGAGGACGUUUGCAAGAAACGCGAUAUCGGCUUGGAAAUCGGCGACUCCAUCUUGUACUUCGUUUUCGGCAGAAAAAGGCCCCUCAGACCGUGGCACAACGGCUACUCAGACCCUGAACAGUUCUCGCCAGAGCAAAUCCAACAAGAAGGAAUUCAGAGGGAAAGAGCCGGCUCUACAGGACUGGGAAUCCUGCCUUUCCUGUCCAGACAGAUUCUGAGAUCCUCCCUGGCUGUUGCAGAAGACCACAACGAUACCUCCGUUAGCAGUCAGAGACCUUCUGAAAACACCCCCUUGCUCGACUCCAGCGACUCCCUCAGCGACAACAUCGACAAUGCCGUUCAGGAAAUCGUCGAAGAAGGCGAGAUCAUUGAGCCCUACCUCUCCAGAAAAACGUCCCGUUCCAUGUCAAACGCCAUUGUUCGUCGCUACUCGCUGGCGCUGUCGUACAUUCCGAAAAGAGAGCCCAGAGCUCUUACUCCCCAGGUCAUUACUGUCAUUUUGUCAAACUGCAUCAUCUCCUUGCACAGCAUCGCCUACAACGAGUUUCUCCCUGUGUUUUUAGCAGGCCGUUUCCAGAGAGACAAAUUACAAUUUCCUUUCCGCAUUGUGGGCGGUUUCGGCUUGGAUUCCAGCUACAUCGGUACCUUAUUCUCGUCUACGGGUAUUAUGGGCAUGUUGAUUGUUUUGAUCAUUUUCCCAUGGAUCGACCGCCGCCUCGGCACCAUCGAGGGGUUCCGUCUUUCCCUCCUGUUCUUCCCCAUCGUCUAUGCAGCAGUGCCGUUGGCUCUUUUCACCCAGAACAAGUACAACGCUUCUUUCCCAGAAUGGCUAACCCCCAUUAUCCUUUAUGGCCUCACCUCCUUGAAAACCCUUGCCUCCGCUACCGGAAUGCCCCAAGUGAUGCUUCUAAACCACCGAGCUGCUGCCAAGCAGCACCGUGCUUACGUCAAUUCCUUAACUAUGAGCAUGUUGGCCCUUGCAAGGUGCAUAGGCCCCAUCGUAUUCGGGUGGCUUAUGACGCUCGGAGAUAACUGGCAGAUCGGAUGGCUCAACUGGUGGCUGAUGUCCGGAUUGGCGCUUUUUGGGCUUUUCCAGCUGUUUGCUAUGCGUGACUACGAGGACUAA